CAGCGCCCAUGGCUCCCACAGCCCCUUCUUCCCCUGGAUACUACCACGUCCUCUACAAAGGGCAUGCGCAUGCCCAGAUGGCCUGGCAUGGAGAGACAUACUGCCUUGUUGGAGGCUACCGUGUCUAUGGGGAUGCUCCGCUUCCCGCACCUGCAAAGGCUGAAGAAGAGAAGCCAGCGCCCAGGCGGGCUCCCAAGAGACAACGGGUUCAGGAAGAGUCAGAUCAAGAUCUAGGGUGUCCCAGUGCAAAAAUUCCUCGCCUGAAAUUGAAGCAUGGUGGCAAAGGGCUUUCGCGACCCUCAUCCGUGCCGGCUUGCUCCGCCCUGAGCAAGAUGUCUCUCACGGGCCUCGAGGGUCAUUGGGUGCCUUCAGUGUUCCUGUUGGUGGUGCUGCUGUUAGGGCCUUCACAGCCUCUAAUGUGGACCCAGACAAAACCAGGCAUCUCUGGUGCUUCCACUACACCAAGCAUCCCCAGAGCACUCACCAAGCCUGACAUCUCCAGCAUUCCAACCACUCUUGGCAACCCCAAUUUCCCAGACCUGCGAGAUCGUACAAGAGCCCUGAUGCAGGAGUUCCCGCUUAUAGAUGGCCACAAUGACAUGCCCCUUGUCCUGAGACAAUUUUACCAGAAUGGACUACAAGAUGCUAACCUGAGAAACUUCACCCAUGGCCAGACCAGCCUGGAUAGGCUUAAAGAUGGCUUUGUGGGAGCCCAGUUCUGGUCCGCUUACGUACCAUGCCAGACCCAGGACCGGGAUGCCCUGCGCCUCACACUGGAGCAGAUCGACCUCAUUCGCAGUAUGUGUGUCUCUUAUUCCGAGCUGGAACUUGUGACCUCAGUUAAAGCUCUGAACAGCACCCAGAAGCUGGCCUGCCUCAUUGGUGUGGAGGGUGGCCAUUCGCUAGACAACAGCCUCGCUGCGCUUCGAAGUUUCUACCUGCUGGGGGUGCGCUACCUGACACUCACACACACCUGCAACACACCCUGGGCGGAGAGCUCAUCUAAGGGGGUCCACUCAUUCUACAGCAGUGUCAAAGGACUGACCAGCUUUGGUGAGAAAGUGGUGGCAGAAAUGAAUCGCUUGGGUAUGAUGAUUGAUUUGUCCCAUGUCUCGGAUGCUGCAGCCCGGCGGGCCUUGGAAGCAUCGCAGGCACCUGUGAUCUUCUCCCACUCAGCUGCCAGGGGUGUGUGCCCAAAUGCUCGGAAUCUUCCUGAUGACCUCCUGCAGCUUCUGAAGAAGAACGGUGGCAUCGUGAUGGUGACCUUUUCAGUAGGAGUGUUGCCGUGCAACCCAUUAGCCAAUGUAUCCACUGUGGCAGAUCACUUUGACCACAUCAGGUCAGUCAUUGGAUCUGAGUUCAUUGGGAUUGGCGGAGAUUAUGAUGGUACCAAGCAGUUCCCUCAGGGCCUGGAGGAUGUGUCUACAUACCCAGUGCUCAUAGAGGAGCUGCUGAGACGGGGCUGGAAUGAACAGGAACUACAAGGUGUCCUUCGAGGAAACCUGCUUCGGGUCUUCGGACAGGUGGAACAGGUACGAGAGAAAAACAAAUGGCAAAGCCCUCUGGAAGACAGGAUUCCGGAGGAACAGCUGGACACUGCCUGCCACUCAGUCUUGCGACAUCAGAAACAAUAUCCAGAAAAGAACCAACCAGAGAAUCGGAAACAUCAUACACUCAAGUUACCACCCAAGUUCUCACACUCAAAAGCCUCUCCUCACAUAGUCCCAAGCCUCACCAUUGCUGCGGCCCUUUUAGGCCUUAUUGUAUGACUUUGAGAGUCCUCUCAGAUAGCAUUCUGCUACCUUGAAGGCCCCUCUGCUUGUACAGGGGCAAGUAUUUCCUGGAAGUAAAUAUUUUGGACAUAGAAA